AUGGUGAAUCCAGAUAUUAUUCGUAGUGUUCUUGGAAUAAUUGGUAUGAUUAUGCCUACAAUAUGGAGAAUAUGGAAGAAUAAAUCAGUGGAGGAAUUCAAAUAUCACACAAUUGUGGCGGGAAUAAUCAACUGUAUUAUGUGGGUUUUUUACUCAAUGCCCUUUGUACAUCCACAUAGUAUUCUUGUUACAACCAUCAACAGUGUUGGGCUGGUUAUGUACAUAUGCUACAACUUGAUAUACUUGAGAUACUCUGACAUCAACAAAAGGAAAGCAAUGGUGCUGUAUUAUUUCGGCGAGGUGUUGUUUUUGGCUGCCUUAAUAUGCAUCACAAUCCUAGUAUUCCACAGCCAUACUUCGCGGUCUAACUUUGUUGGGAUCUUUUGUGACGUCUUUGGGAUCAUUCUCUAUGGUUCACCUCUUACUGUUAUGUUCAAGGUUGUGAAGACGAAGAGUGUUAAAUUCAUGCCACUGUCUCUCUCCCUGGCUGGUUUCUUUAAUGGAAUCAUAUGGAGUGCUUAUGCUUUUAUCAGAUUUGAUCCAUACAUUCUGAUUGGCAAUGGCGUUGGAGCUAUACUAGGUUGCAUCCAGCUUAUUUUGUAUGCUUGCUACUAUGGCAGCACGCCGAAGAAGGGGGAAGAACCACCCAAGCAAUCGCCAGUGCAGAUAUCAGCAGUAUAA